CCUUGUAUAAAUUCUCGCGGCAGGUUGGCUAGCUUUUGCCAAAAACGAACUCAAACUCAGAGCAGAGAGCCAGGACCCACCGACUCGCGCGCUUGAGAGAGAGGGAUGGCGAUGCAAACCGGAAUAGGGCUUUCCAAGAUCCUGAUCUUGGUCGGAGCAGGAUAUACUGGCUCAAUCGUGCUGAAAAACGGUCGAUUAUCGGAAAUAUUGGGGGACCUUCAGGCAUUACUGAAGAAUAAAUCCGGAGAUGAAGCGAACUCUGAUUCUGACUAUUCUGAUGCUCUUGCUGCUCAGGUGCGCCGGUUAGCAAUGGAAGUCCGACAACUAGCCACAGCACGGCCAGUAACUAUUCUAAAUGGAGAUUCAAGCUCAAUGGGAAGCAUAACAUCCCUUGCGAUGCCAGCUGCAGCCUUGGGGGCAUUGGGCUAUGGAUACAUGUGGUGGAGAGGGCUGUCCUUUGCAGAUCUUAUGUAUGUAACCAAGCAAAACAUGGCAAAUGCUGUUGCAAGCUUGAACAAGAAUUUGGAGCAAGUAUCUGCUGCUCUUGCUGCUACUAAGAGGCAUUUGACGCAGCGAAUCGAGAACCUGGAUGGGAAACUGGAUGAGCAGAAGGAAAUGUCAACACUGAUUAAAAAUGAGGUUACUCUUGUACGUGGUGAUAUUUCUCAAAUUGGGUAUGACUUAGAAGCACUGCAGAAGAUGGUCUGUGGGCUGGAUGGAAAAAUCUGUACCUUGGAAGACAAGCAGGAUUUUGCAAAUGCUGGUGUGCUGUACCUAUGCCAGUAUGCUGGUGGAAAAGAUGGGAAAAUGGGCGAAUUUCUACAGAGUCUUCCAAAGCCUGCUAACAAGCGUGCUUUCCUUGGAUUUGGAGAGACCAAUAGUCCAAAGGGUCUUCAGUUCAUAAGUGACACCCUAGAGUCAGGGGCUGUUGACAAGUCCAAAACCGAAGCAAUCAUGCAAAAUGAUUUUGAUGGCUUGACUACAAGCCUGAAAAGCUUGACCAGGACUGCUUCCAUCAAAUGCUGAUUUCCAUAUGGUCAAUGAGGACUGAGUGUAGCUGCCGGUAUUGGUGGAGAGGAAUGACUUGGAAAGUGGAGUCCUUCGCAUGAACUGGAGGCAGUUCAUAUUCUUUGGGCAAGAGAAAACAUCUGAUGUCUUUUGUAUAGUUGUUUGCUACAUAUAUAUGACAUUGGUGAGGGAACCGCUUCAUGUGUAAUAGGGUAUUCUACAUGCAUUCCUUUUUUUUUUUUUUUUUUUCCUUUUUUCUUUCCUCCGAAUAACGGAUUGCAGAUUUGCAUAGUAUGUUCCCUAAAACGUAAAAAAGAAUAAUGCAAGCCACAGGACUUGGAUUUUUUUAGUCAUAA